AAUAGGGGUGCCUCUCAGUGUGAAGAUAGGUGUUUUGAUUCUUGCGUAUGUGAAGCUGCUAUAGGAAUCUGAAGAAAUGGCUGUUGUUACCGGAACUUUCCGUAUGGUGUCAGAGGAGGAGCAGGCCCUCCGAGCCAAACUGGAGCGCCUCACGGUCAAGGACCACGGGCCUGUGUUUGGACCCUGCGCCAAGCUGCCAGAGCACACCCUGCAGAAGGCAAAGGAUGAACUGAACGAGACAGACGAGAAGCGCGUGUCCGCCAUUAAGGAGCUGCGAAGCACCUUCAAGGACAAGGCGGACGGCGGGGACGAGCUGGCGAAGGGCGUGGUGGACACUUUCGGGGACAAGCCAGACGCUAUCCUGCUGAGGUUCAUCCGUGCCCGUAAAUACGAUGUGGCCCGGGCCUACGAUCUCAUGAAGGGCUAUGUGCGCUUCAGGCAGCAGUACCCCGAGCUGUUCGAGAACCUGACCCCCGAGGCGGUGCGAAGCACCAUCGAGGCCGGCUACCCAGGCAUCCUGUCCAGCAGGGACAAGUACGGCCGCGUCGUGCUACUCUUCAACAUCGAGAACUGGGACUACGAGGAGAUCACCUUUGAUGAGAUCCUGCGUGCCUACUGUGUCAUCCUGGAGAAGCUGCUGGAGAACGAGGAAACCCAGAUAAACGGCUUCUGCAUCAUCGAGAACUUCAAAGGCUUCACCAUGCAGCAGGCCUCCGGCAUCAAACCCACAGAGCUCAAGAAGAUGGUGGACAUGCUGCAGGACUCCUUCCCGGCCCGAUUCAAAGCAGUGCACUUCAUCCACCAGCCGUGGUACUUCACCACCACCUACAACGUGGUCAAACCCCUAAUGAAGAGCAAGCUGCUGGAGAGGGUCUUUGUUCAUGGUGAAGAGCUGGAUGACUACUUCAGGGAGUUUGACCCGGACAUCCUGCCGGCUGACUUUGAUGGAAAGGCUCCCAACUACGACGGCAAGGCAACGGCAACCAAGCUGUUCGGCUCGGAAGACACCGCCCUCUAA